UGUGUUGUACUGCACACUUAGCAGGAUUUUAGUAUUCGGCGGGUUAGUUGCUCCUGGUUACCCACAUGUUGUUUUGUGUCAUUGCCGUUCGUCGGAGUUUUCAAUUUAAUAAUUUUAACUUGAUUUAUCUUUUCUUUUUAGUUGUUUACUUAUUUGUCCAUGCUAAAAACAAGGCCUUAUGUGUUAUUAAUCGUCAUUUUCUAUUCCGCGUAUUCAUUUUUGUGACUGCCUAAUAUAAUCUUCGACUUUAAUAGUUGUUAUCCUGUUGAUAUGUUUUCAUUUUUAAAUUUUUUUAAUUUCAAGUCUGAUUCAGAUAAAGUUAAAUCUACGGAUCCACUUAGUGGGAAAACAUUAAAUCUCAAUAGUCCUGAGGCAAGAGCUCUUAAUAUUUUUAACCAGAAAUUGCCGAUUUCUCGAAGAAAAAAUGGAAAUAAUACUCCAUUUAGACCAAAUUGUAUAGCUGAAGUAACAAGUCCUGGAUUUAGUUAUCGAAUAGCUCAAAGAGCUCGAGAAAUGAGAUCUACAACACCAAAUUCUGAUAUUUCAAAUUUAUCAGUAUCGUAUGCUUCAGAAAACAAUUAUAGUAACAGUAAUUCUUCUCCACAUGAGUUUCAAAAUUUAGGUAGAGAAAAUCCUAAUGAUAAAAAGCGUAAAUUAAUGGAAACAUUAGACAAUUUUGGUGUAAGAAAAAAAACUAGCCAAGAGUUUGGUGUUGAUAAUUUUGUAAAUUGCCGUACAAAAACUAUUGAGUCAAUUGACCGAAUUAUUCCAUUGAAUGGUAUAGAUAAAACAAAUAGAGAAAUUUCACAUUCACCAUAUAUGACACCAAAGAAUAAUCAUGUUAUUUUUGAUAAAAAACAAAAUAAGAGACAGAGUGAUACUGAUGUUAAUAGUCAUCAUUCAUAUAAAAGACCUAAAACUCGCAAUAAUGAAAUUUUGAGUUCUUAUAGUUCAAGUAAAUUUCUUCAGUCAUCAAGACAGAAAAGAACUUAUCCUCUUGACCCAGAGGGUGAUGAUUCUCCUUGCCGAAAACAUUGUAAAAGUUGUACUUGUUGUGGUUCAACCGAUGAUAAUAAUAAGUCAAUUAAAAUUGACAAAACUACAGAAACUGAUUUAGCUGGAGAUCUUGUAACAGUUGCAGCUAGUAGAAUAUUCAAUAGAAGUGGAAAAACACAAGUUGUUAAAAGAAUUAGUAUAAAAAGUGUAUUAGAUGAAGUAUUUGAUGAGCCAGAUCCUACACCUUACACAAGUAUUGAGAAAAUAGAACAAAAAAAGAAUAAUGCUGUUAAAAAGGGUACAUCCACCAAUGAAAAAAAUAGUAGUGAAUUAAGCAUUAAAUUUACACAAUCACCAACAACUUCAUCAAUUAUUUCACCAACAGUUGGAUCUUUUGAAAAAACAAAAAAUACAGUUAUCCCCAAAACAACUUCACAAUUUAAUUUUGGUAGUACAACAAUGUCAUCUGCUGAAAAAUUAAAAUCACUAAGUGAAGUGGAUGGUGUAAAAGAUAGUGGUCAGUCAACAUUAUCACCUAAUAAAGAAAUUGAAAACCAGAAAUCUGAGCUUAGCAGUUUGGAACAACAAGAAAAAUCAUCCUCUGAAUGUAGUAAAGUUAUUGAGAGUACUUUAAAUAGCACAUCAAAUGAUAUAAUUUCAAAAGAGUCAACUGAAAGCUCAGUUAAAACUCCUUUCCAGUUUUCUGCAUUACCUUCUAAAUCUUUGAAUUCCAACUCAAGCUUAAAAAGUGAUGCAGAGUGUGUUAAGAAUGUGAAUAAACCUGAAACUAUUCAUUCAAUACAAUUUGGUAAUAAAGAGUCUUCCGAAAAAAAUACAAAAGAAGAUAGUGCUGUAGCUUUUAAUAACUGUAAUAUAAAUACUUCAAAACUACCAGCUUUUACAUUUAAAGGUAAUGAAAAACAGCCAAUGUCUGUUUUACAAUUUGGUACAGAAAAAAAUGAAAACAAACAACUAGCUCCAGUAAUGCAGUUUGGAGCAUCAAAACCUGAAGAUAAAGUAUCAGCUCCAGUAAUACAAUUUGAGGCUUCUAAAACUGAAGAAAAACAGUCUGUACCUGUUAUGCAAUUUGGAGCUCCUAAAACUGAAGAAAAACAGUUUGUACCUGUUAUGCAAUUUGGAGCUCCUAAACCUGAAGAAAAACAAUCUAUACCUGUUAUGCAAUUUGGAGCUCCUAAAACUGAAGAAAAACAGUCUGUACUUGUAAUGCAAUUUGGAGCUCCUAAAACUGAAGAAAAACAGUCUGUACCUGUUAUGCAAUUUGGAGCUCCUAAAACUGAUGAAAAGGAACCAUUAUCAACAAUACUCUCAGUAGCUUCUAAAACAUCAGAAUGUUCAAAUAAACCUGUAUUUUCCUUUGGUCAUAAUACUCUUAAUAGUUUAAAGUCUUCUGAUAGUCUUAAAUUUCAAUUUGGUUCAACAAAACCUAAUGAUAAUGGUUCAACCAUUCCUGUAUCAACAGAAUCAAAAACUGUUAUGUUUGGAUCAAGUAAUACAGCUGCUAGUUCAACUCCUUUCUCUUUUGGAAAAACUGAUGUUCCUCAAUCAUCAAGUGAAAAGUCAUCAUUAAAAUUACAAUUUGGAACUCCUCCAAUGUUUGGAAACUCAUCAGUAGAACAAAUUAAUACUAAUGUAUCAGCACCCAAUAAUCCAGGACCUAAAUUAGUUUUUGGCAGUCAAAAUACUGACAUUAAACCAGCCUCAUCAAACCCUACCAUGAUUUUUGGUAGUAAUACAGAUAAUCCUGUAUUUCAAUUUAAUACUUCUAGUACUAAAACCAAUGAAAAGCCAACAGAAACAACUAACAAUGCUUUUCAAUUUUCUGCUGCUAAGACUGUUCCAUCAUUUGGUAACUCAACAACUCAAGGUUUUGGAGAUAAACCAGCGUUUCAGUUUAAUGCUCAAAAAACAGAUGACCAGAAAUCUCAGUUUUCAUCACCGUCCUUUGGAAAUCAAACUGCUGCUGUUGCUCCUUUUAAAUUUGGAGGUGGUGAAAAGCCUGCUGUAUUUGGAAGUACAUUUACUUCACCAAAUCAACCAAUCGAGUUCAGCAAUAAAAUUGAGACAAAAACUGAACCAUUUAAAUUUGGUGCUUCUACUAAUGCAUUUCAGUUUAGUUCCAAUAAAAAUGACAGUGGCCCAAUUAAGUUUGGUCAAAGCUCAAAUACAUUUAAUUCUUCUGGAGGAUUUAGUGGCUUUGGUAAAUCUUCAACUCAGCUCACUGUGUCAUUUGGAAACACUGCACCUUCACAACCUUCACCAUUUGGAACUACUGCUGCUCCUGAAUCAACAUCAACAUUUGGUAGCGUAGCUCCUACUUCAAUGAACACAUUUGGGACUACAGCCAAUCGAGGUUUUCAAUUUGGUAAUUCAAACACCUCUACAUCUAAUAACCCAUCUACAUUUGCUUUUAAUGCUGCUUCACAACCUGCAAAGCCUGAGGGAGCUUUUAGUUUUGGCUCGACCACUGCUGCAGCACAACCAUUCCAGUUUGGACAAGCACCAGGUUUGUCAUCCCCUCAGCAAUUCAGUGGAGGACAACCUCAAGGAGCCUUUGGUUUUGGUUCGCCUCCACAGCAACAGCCAGGAUUGCAAGGAUCAAAUCAGGCAUUAUUUAGUAUUGGAACAGCACCAGCUGGGGAACGACGAAAAGCCAAAGCUGUCAGAAGAAGACAAUGAUGACUUAAAAUAUAUUUUUAUAAUUAUUUAUAAAUGAUAAAAGUGAAUGUGAUUUUCAAAAAACUUAUUUUAUUAAGAUUGGACUAUUGUAAAAUUAAGCCAUCUAUUUGAAAAUUGAUAUUAAAAUGUUACCUAUUAUUGUUGGACAAAUAAUUAGUGGUAGUUGAAUAAUCAUAUUUUAAAUUAUUUGUUCUGUAUGAAUCUAUUUUUAAUGAAAUUGGUAACGUCUUGAUAAUUAUUUUUAGUUACUAAUAUUGAAAUCUGAAUUAUAUCAUAAAUCCUAUUGAAUAAUAUGUAUUUUGAGAUUAUUUAAAAGUAAAUUUUCAAUGAUA